AUGGCGGGUAACACCGAGGCCUGGACCUUAUUGUCCUUGGCUCUGGCCAUAAUUCUCGUGCGGAGCUUUGUACGAUGGAAGCUCGUUGGGCUGGCCAACCUCCAACUGGAUGAUUAUCUCAUGCCACUGGCGGGGAUCUUCUUCACCCUCGAAACGGUAGCGGCGUACCUCGUCGGUGCCAAAUUCCAGGGCCUGACCAACAGCUACAUGACGCCUGAGCAGCGAGCAACGCUCGACCCCCAUUCGACUGAGUGGGCCAAUCGACUGGCCUUCAAAGUCUCCCCCACCCGAGUUCGACUGGCAUAUAUCAUCCUAGCUGUGACAUACCUUGCAACGGCAUUGUCUAUCCUGCUAUCCUGCCAGCCCUUUCAUGCGUUCUGGCAGAUUUACCCAGACCCCGGCAAUGUCUGUCAGCCGACCAACUCUCGUGUCUAUGUUCUCGUCGUCAUGAUCCUCAACGUCCUCACAGAUGUCUAUCUCCUCUCCAUCCCACUCCCUCUCCUCUGGACUGUCAACAUUGGCCUGAAACGAAAGAUCCCCCUCCUGGCUCUUUUCUCUGGCGCUGCAUUUGUCAUUACAGCGACGAUUAUUCGGGCCGUGACUAUUAUGACUUCCGGCCCCAACGGCGCCGUCGCCGGCUCCAAAUGGGCCUGUCGCGAAACCUUUGUCUCCAUCGUUGUCUCCAACAUGCCCAUCAUCCAGCCACUUAUCCGUAAGGGCUUCAGGAAGAUCGGUCUCUCCCAGCUCUUCAGUACCUCGGGUAAACAGUCGGAACAGUCGUACCCGCUCUCCAGCCGAGGUCUACAGACUUUGACGAACCGCGGUGAGCGCGACACCAAGAAGAGUAAGGCGAACGCCGCGGCACCGUCCCAUAUGCAGGCCUCCGCAUGGGGCAGCGACGAGCAUAUUCUCGCUGAGUCUGAACCUUCUUCGAAGGAUAUUACUGUUGUCUCGGAGACUGUCGUGCAGAGUGAGCCAUGGACUAGGCAGGAGGAACCUGGCGCGCGACAUUCGACGACGCCCCCGAAGGAGUGGAUGAGUCGGUUGUCAAAUAGGUGA